GUCAAAAUAUCAGUUGAAGAAGAGAAAAGAGCACGAGAAUGUACCAUUUUCGUAACUGCGUGUUUUCCUUCGCUGCACCACAGUAGUUUGUUGGAACAGCAGUGAAAAGUUUAUUGUUUUUGUUUCGUGUCACUACACUCGGCAUUUUCACGGACCCAAUUUCUUUUGCUUCGGCGAACCGUUCGAGUGCAAUAGUGUCACAAUUCGGUGGACAAGUGAAUUACAAACAACAGACCGCGAAAAGCAAGAGAAAAUAUAUAUUUCAUGACACGAUAAUUUGGUAAAUUCUACAAGAUGUCUUAUCGUAUAUUGCGAAAGCUGCAGGGAAACGACCUGGAGAUUAAAGAGCAUAUUGAUGAAAUCUCGGACGGUGCCGAUGCAGAUUAUGACACCAAUAGUAUCGGCAGUAACAAUCGAAAGAAGAUAAACAUCAAUCGAUUUGAUUUGCUGAACCAACAGCAAUCCCUUUCGGAGAGCGAGGUGAAAGAGGACGACAACGAUGAAACCGAACGGGAUGCUGCCGGUGGAACGCUCAACUCACAUCUCGCCGAGUCCAAAAAGAAGAAAAAGAAGAAGAAGAAGCGAACCGGCAAGUAUGUGGCCAAUGCGGCUCGCCGUAGCAGCGAGGACAACGCAGACGUUGAGGAUGAUUUUGCGAAAACCGUCAAGGAAGUCGAUAAACUGUUCGCUGAUUAUGAGAAGUCCGAAAAUAGUCCAGCUGUGGCUAACAAUGCCUGUCACGAUUCGGCAGGUCCCGUCACUAAAUCGCUACUUUCGAUUCAGCACAAAAAUUUGAAUCCCCAGUACGAGAUGAGGCGAAUGUUUGGCAGUAAGGUGGUCGCAGAUCAACAAAAUAAACGACGCAACAAUCGAGGCGCACCACGUAUGAUGAAGUCCACCUACUUGGUGAAUCCCAAGGACAAUUGGCCACCGGUUGGAAAGUCGGGCAUUUACAUGAACUUAACUCAAGCGCCAGAACAAUCAACUGGUGGGACGAAAGGAACAGCUGACAAGAAUGUCAUCUAUUUUGCAUUCGAGCAUACUCCUUCGUACCGACAGAUCCAGCAAAAAUUUUUGAACGCCGUUGAAAGCAUGGAUUCGGACAACAUCAUCAAAAUCGUCAACCAGCAACCGUAUCACGUGGAUUCACUGAUUCAAUUGAGCGAACUUUGUAAAAUGUCGGAAGAUCAUGCAAUGGCUUCCGAGUUGAUCGAGCACGCGUUGUUCGCUUUGGAGUCCUCGUUCCACACGAUGUUCAGCCUAACGCAGGGUAAUUGUCGUUUGGACUAUCGAAGACAAGAAAACCGUGCUCUGUUCAUCACACUGUUCAAGCACUCACAGUAUCUUGAAUCCAGAGCUUGCUCGCGAACAGCAUUGGAAGUGGCCAAACUCAUUCUAAGCUUUGACCCCAUCACGGAUCCUCUUGCGAUUAUCCUGAUCAUCGACUACUAUGCUAUCCGCGCGAAGCAAUACGACUGGCUCGUACAAUUAUACGAAGAAUGGGAAAACACCAACAAUCUUUCCCAAUUACCGAACAUGGCGUACGCCUACGCGUUGGCACUGUUCUAUCUAAAGCGCAUGGAUGCAGCCGAUCGAGCACUGCAGUAUGCCCUGCUUAUGUUCCCUGCUGUACUCCGAAAGUUGCUGGAUGAGCUUUCCAUUCAGCCUGAUCCACGCGUUAGCAGUCACAGCUAUUUCGCCGCAAGCACUUACGACAAAGCAACAGUGGCACUCCAGCAGCUCAUCUCGAUGUACGUUUGCCGCUCGAAAAUCGUUUGGAGGGAUACGGAAAUUUUGCCCUGGUUGGAGAAAAAUGUAAAUAUUGCACUGGAUCGCGUUGACGCGAAGGAUGAGAUUGUGGUCGAUUAUACAGUCAAGAGGAAUCAGAGGUAUAUGAAUCCUCCACGGGCCAUUCUGCGACAUAUUGUACUAUCGGAUUUCAAGGAGAAGGUCCCUCUAGCUCAGUUUAUCAAGAAGGAGACGGAGCCCGUGCUCAUGUACGAUCCCCUUCCUCCGUUGGAUACAAUAAAUAUUUACAGCAGGCCCUCGAUAAGUCCGACGACGCGUACAAUGAUCAACGCCUCUCCGUUCUCGAUGUUUUUCCAAUCAUUGUUGCCCAGUUUUAGUAUACAGCAACAACAGCAGCAGCAGCUGGGUCAACUACAGCACCAUAACAGGGAAGCGGGAGAGGGACCAGCAGGUCCGGCUGCCGCCGUUGGUGCAGCCGAUGGGGCCAUCGCUGGCCUCCAGGCUUACACUAACUCUCUGAAUUCAAUCGUAGAUGCAAUGCGUGACUUUCUGUCCGAUAUCCGAGUACUGGAACGCCCCAACGAUGCCGAUGUCGAUGAUGAUGGAAGCACUGACGAAAAUGAACAGAAUGACUAUCUAACGUAGAAUGGAACCGCCAGAGUUUUUUCCUUAGUUCAAGUAAGUAGCUUUCGUCGUACUUUUUUUCACAAAUUCGCUGGCUUAAUGACCUCCAAAUGGGUGAAUGUGAUUUCCAAAACUAUCAUCACACGAAAUAGUCAAGUUUCUAGAAAAUAAGUUCGUCUCUAGCUCACUUUGGUAGUAAAAAUUUUAUUGCUCAUUGUUAUCAAAAUCGUUAAGUUGAAUGUGAGCAGCGUUGUGCCUUGCACAAAACGACAUUUGAUUACAAAUAUUAGCCUCACACCAAUAAAAACGACACAGAAGAUUGAGCACUAAGCUACGCUAGUCGUUUUUUAUGUAUGUUCUUUGAAAUUUUACUUCAAUCAAAAAUGUAAACUCAACGAUAAUUAAAGCUUCAAAAUAUUAUAGUAUUUUUAAGCACUGCUCAAUGUGUUGAAAUAUUUAAUCAAUAUAUUGCUUCAAAAUAAUAAAUAGCGAAAUUCAUUUUCAAUCUUCAUAUAAACCAAUAUGGAAAAUUAUUAUCGCAAAUCAGAAAUCAAAUAUUGAAUUGUUAUACGGACGCGCUAGUAGCCGUCAUGCGUAUUCUGUGGCUGUAAAGAUCACAUAUUAAUAAUAAUAAAAAUUCCUAUAUAACUCAAUAUUUUAUGGUGAGAAGAGAAAAAUAAUCAAGGAAAAACUGCAAUCAGCAUAACAAGUGUGAGAUCGCGUGAAGGUGGCACCUAACUGAGCUCUAUUUAAAUGAUAUUUGUUCCGACAGUGAGAUAUAUUUACCAAACUGAUAAACAGUCUGAAAAAUGACAUAACAACUAUUGGUAAUAACCCUGAUGACGAGUUGAAUCUUUAAAACAAUAAAGAGAAUGUUCAAAUCCAAUUGUCACACAGAUGUAAA